GCUCGGGUGUUUCCGGCGGCGAGUGCGAGUGCGCCGAGCACGGCGGCAGUGACCGUUCAGCCCAAAGCCCGGGAUGGAAGGGAACCGAGAUGAGGCGGAACGCUGCACGGAGAUCGGUUUGAACGCGCUGAAACACGGCAACAGGGAGGAGGCGCUCAAAUACUUGCGGAAGGCCCAGAAGUUAUACCCGACGGACAGAGUUAAAGAUGUGAUAGAGUCUUUGACACAGAAUGGCUAUCCAUCUGGUAACUUCAAGCCAACAGAGGGCUCAGAGUCAUCAGAAUGUCACCAAAGGAAGGGAGGCAAGUUUGCUGGCUCCAGUCCUGGAGAGGCGGCUGGAGAAACGGGUAAAACCUAUACAGUCGACCAGCUCGAGGCUGUGAAAAGAAUAAAAAAAUGUAAAGAUUACUAUGAAAUCCUGGGGCUAACCAAAGAAGCCUCAGAGGAUGACUUGAAGAAAGCCUACAGAAAACUAGCUUUAAAGUUUCAUCCCGAUAAGAACCAGGCACCAGGAGCAACAGAGGCAUUCAAAGCCAUUGGGAAUGCAUAUGCAGUGCUCAGCAAUCAAGACAAGAGGAAACAGUACGACAUAUAUGGCGAUGAACGACAGGCUACAAACAGGCACAGUCACGGUCCCACGGACUAUCACAGAGGGUUUGAAGCAGACAUCUCACCUGAAGACCUCUUCAAUAUGUUCUUUGGUGGUGGAUUCCCCUCUGGUAAUGUACAUGUAUAUAGUAAUGGGCGAAUGCGUUACACAUACCACAGACCUGAGCGACGAGAACAACAUGGCGACGGUGGGUUGGCACUCUUUGUGCAAUUAAUGCCAAUCUUGAUCCUGGUCAUUGUCUCUGUGAUCAGUCAGAUGAUGGUAUCAAGCCCUCCCUACAGUCUGAGCCAUAGGCCGUCCAUUGGUCACAUUCACAGAAGGGCAACGGAAGUACUGAACGUGCACUAUUUUGUGGCAGAAAAAUUUGCAGAAGAAUAUACAGGACAGAACUUGAAGAUGGUAGAACGGAAUGUAGAAGAGGACUUUAUUGCAAAUUUACGGAAUAACUGCUGGAAAGAGAAACAACAGAAAGAGGGAUUGUUGUACCGUGCCCGAUAUUUUGGAGACGUCGAUCUUUACCAGAAAGCCCAGAAAAUGAGCACACCAAGCUGUACCAGACUAUCAGAAGUUCAGGCAUCCCUACAUGCAUAGGAUGGAGUUUACCACAAUAAUAACCAGAGACCAGGUAUGUACAAUAUGCACCAUUAUUCAUUUACUACAUCUGCUAAGGUAUCUGCUAUGAGAAACACAGUAAUACAUUGCAAAGACUCAAAAACAAGCUCCUGAGAUUACCCAAAACAAAAAAAGGAAAAUACUGAAAGUAUUCAGUGGGUAAGGCAGCAUCCAUGGGGAAACAUUUCAUUUUGUUCCUUGCUGCUGCUUGACCUGCUGAGUGCUGCCAGUAAUUUCAAUGUUUUGUAUUUUCAGUGUCUGCAGUUUGUUGCUUCAAUUACUGAAUUACCAGUUGGUUUGUGUGCAUGAAACAGAGUUCCCUUGCCCACCCUGCAGAGCAGUGCAGGUAAAUCCUAGCAUUCAGGCACAUUGUCAUGGGUUGAAACUUCCAGAUCUUCAAAGCUCCAACUGAAGAUUAUGCAAUCUCUAUUUGAAAACAUUCAUAUUGCUGAAAACAAACGGUUUCAGUUUCACUUUCUUUGUCUGCAAUUUAAUGUUUGGAUCAAAUUAUUGUAACACGUAUUCUGCUUAUCUUGAUUAUAGAAGGACUGAUAGAAUAAGGAAAAGGCAUCUUCAAAGAUAUUUAAAGGAUUGAAUUGAAAUAACAGUUUGUUUAGAAAGUUUGGACGAUAUAAGUAAUCUGGAUUUGUGGAAUGAAUGCUGUGCUGUUUUCAAAUUAUCUGUUCCUUUUUUGUCUUUUCACUUAAUUUAGCGAUAGAGACGAUUACUAAAAAAAAAACUUUUGAAAUUUGUCUUAACACUGGAUUUUGAUUAGCCAGCAACACUGCUGAAAAUACUCACAGCCUUAGGAGCUCCCAAAUACUGAACUGUUUCACAUGAACUGGAUCAAGAGGCCCCGAGAUCUCUUGGACAGCACCCUGCUGUGUAAACUACAAUACAGUGGAUUUGGUCAGAGACUGAGUCAACCAAGAGAAGAGAUAUGACUACGCAUGAACCAAGUUUGUACAUGUGCACUAGUCACUUCUAAUGGAACAAAUCAACAAAUGUGUUAAAUUAAUGAUUUGGAAAUUAUUUAUAGUUGUAUAUACAUUGUACUUUAUGCGGGGGCUGAAAUCAGUUGUAACUUAUUUUGCUCUUCUAUAGAAAUAAAUCUGUACCGUGACAAUU